AUGAGCUUUCUCUUCAAGGCUGUAUUGGGGCAGCGCGUGGUGCACCCGCCUCCGCCGGAGAGUGACAAAAAGUUGCACGUGGCGGCAAACGGGAUAUGCGACACCAAGUCGUCAUCGGCGCCUGCGACGAAGCCGGCGAACGCAUCGUUGCUCAACACCGGUGCUCACGGCAAGAUUUCUGCACCAAAGCCGAGUGUUGACGCUGCGGCAUCACCUUCCUCGCCUGCCGGGCCAUCCGUCACCGCAUCCGCGUCUUUGGCGGGGCCGCAGUCAAGGUCUUUAUCAUCCUCGCCGUCGCCGCCGCCGCCGCGGCCCAGCACGCCAACACAGACGCUGCUUCUGCGCAUUGAGGGCUGCACAGUGGCGCAGGAUAUCCGUGACGCGCAGCGCGACCUCCUGCGCUGUCCUGACCUCCCAUACGCGCUAGAUGCAACGUCGCUGAAGUCGCUGCUCGAUUUGCUUGUCAGUUACGCCGAUGAUGAGUCGAUUACGGAGCCGACGCUGCAUCUGCUUGCCAAUGCCACGGACUUAGACUUGUACCCUGACAAACUGGAGUCGAACCGUCGCAUCGUCGAAGUCGACGCGGCGGCCAAGCGGCGAGCGAGGGAUGCGCUGCUCCAGCCGCUCUUCGGUGCGGUGCCAUCGUUGCUAGGCUCGAUGAAAACAACAGCGCCAUUUUGGAGCCGCUACUAUGUGGUUGUCCUGCUUCAGCGACUGGAGGAGUUGGAGCCGUAUAAGCUGAAUCAGUCCCUGCUUGGCGCCCGUGGCAUCGGUGUUCUGCUCGACGCGUUGAACGAGGAUGAGCACAAUUUCCUGCUGCGUAAUCAGGCUUUGUUGCUUCUCACAUCGCUGACCUUGGCCGAUGCGGAGCUGCAGACCCUUCUGGCCUUUCACAACGCUUUCGACUCGCUCUUUGAUGUGAUCCAGCGCGAGGGCGGUGUACGGCAUGGCAGAUCCAUUGUGCAGGACUGCCUGACGGUGGUGCACAACAUGCUCCGCUCGAACAAGGCAACCCAGAAGUUCUUUCGCGAAAUGGGCUGUGCUGCACGGCUGGCGGCCCUGUUCGACUCCGUCCCAUCUGAGCUGGCGGCGUGCACGCUGGUGGAUCACAGCCGCAGCAGCGGAGACAGCAGCUCUCCAAGCUCCAUAUACCCCCAACCGAGAGUGUUGACCGAGAAGCUGGAGGCACUCCUCAACGUUACCAAGACUUCCGAGUCGAUGCUAAACGUGCUAAUGUCCGUUUCCAUUCUCGCGUGCGUCCUGCGGGGCGUCGACGAGGGCGAGGAGGAGCGACACUCCACGCAAGACGCCCUUCUUCGAUGCGGUCUUCUGACUUCGCUUGCUCGCCUCGCCUUCUGCGGGCUGCUCAUCGACGACGCCGUCCGAAUCGAAGCAGUGCGGGUGCUGGCGUUGCUGCUGAGAGACUCCCGGCGAGCGGUGGAAGAAUGGCUGAACCUCCCGCCGGUCACAACUCUCGUCCGAGCCACUCUGCCCUACACAGUGCAGGUGUGGCCGGCUCCGCGCGCGCUACUCGCAUACGUUUGCGAGUCAACUGACACAACCCUCGUCAGUGCUGGCGUGCAGCUCUUCACGGCGGUGCUGAGCGUGCCUGCCUGUCAAGAGCGCUCGGUUGGCGUGUUUCUGAGCGGGUUGGUGUCGCCGACCCUGCAGCGUGGUGAUCACCGCGGCGUCCGUGAAGCAGUACAGUCAUGGGCUACCACGACGUCACCCCCCAGCAGUCUCAGUGCAGGCACCGCCGGCGCCGUCAAUGCGGACGCGCAGUGUGGUGCGGCGCUUGCGCGGGUGCUGCUCUCGUCGCAAACGUCAGCUGUAGAGAAGUUCUACACCGCGCAGGUGCUGCGGGCGCUGGUUACGGUGCCUGGCGCCACUCCGGUGCUCCAGGACCUCGUGAACGCACCGGUGCCGCCGCACUUGCAGACGUCGACGCUGGACGGUCUUGUGAAGGCACAGCCGGGAUGGACGCUGUCCUCCCGCCUGCCGCCCUCAUUCUUUAACUACACCGUUACCUUCGUGCUUUUCUGCCUCGGUGGCGGUGCGGCGGCACAGCAGGUGAACACGGCGGCUCUCGGUGCCUAUGUUGGGGCGCUGCUAGCGUGGAUGGGCUCUUCCCCCGUGGCCGCUGCCGCGUUUGUCGAGGAAGCGUCAUGGGGUGAGACGCUGCUUCACCAAGCCCGCCGCGACGGCGCUGCCCAUUUUCGGUUGUGGCCAUCUGUGCUGGUCGCUAGUGCCUGCGUCUUGUCAACGACGGCGACGAUCGCCGCUGCCGCCCCACCCACAGCCGCGGCGGCCGCAACGGCUCUCACGCGCCGGUUUCUGCAGAUUGUGGGUGGAGGGGCGGCCCUUGACACGAUCCUCUUUGACCUGAAAGCCAGCACGCCGGUUUGGCAACACCCCGUGGCGAGCGGGCUGCGAACACAGAACCCCACCCCGUACGAUGAGGCUAUUGUGGGGCUGGUGGAGCAGCUUGUGGCGGACUUCAAGCAGCUCUUGGACAGCGUUGCGGAGUCUGCAUCACAGGUGGCACGUGCGACGAUGGCGCUGCGGCCGUCCAUACACUCUGCACAGCUGCAGCCCGAUGAUGAGCAGAUGGAAUGCCGAGUAGCGUCAGAGCCAGUUGCACCGCCGCUGCCGCCGCCGAGGCACGCGGGUCCGUUGGCAUCGAUGCAGCAGCCGCCUUCUAGCCCCGCCCUUGCGUCGCUGGGAGGUUUCGGGCACAGCAGUAUGCCGCCUGGCAACUUCCGGGCUGAGUCUUCUCUACCACAGCCACUGGCCGCCCCACUGCACCCGGUAGAGGCCCCUCUUCUGGCAGACGCGCACGCGUGCGACUUGGCUGCGCUGCAAGCAGAGCUGGAGGCCGUCCGUGCGGAGAAGGUGAACCUCACGAACGCGCUGAGAGAGUGGCGCGAACGGGCUGAACAGACCGCUGCACAGUGCGCUGCCCUGGAGAAGGAGCAACAGAGGCGCGCCGCCGCGGCCGCGGGCGAAGAGCGCAUUCGACUGGAGGAUGCGGCUACGUCAGCAGCGGAGGCCGCGCACUCGCACGCCGUAUCGGCUGAGGUGGUGGAGGAACUUCGCGAGAACAUUCGGCUGCUCGAAGAGGCACUGAGCUCGAAGGAAGAGGAGCAUCAGCAACUGGUGGAGUCGCUGAACAUGAUGGAAGAGCAGCUGCGGCACGUUUCCAACACCACUGCAGCCGCUGCCUCCCAGCAGCAGGAGGCUCGCCAGCAGCGACAACAUCAGCAAGAGCAACAGCAUCUUCCACCACCGGAUGUGAUUGCUGCGAUGGAAGCGGAGCGCAAUGCGGUGGUCGAGCAGCUUGCGCUAUCACAAGAGGAGACUGCACGACUGCAGCGCGCUCUGCAAGGCAUCAGUAGCGACUACAGCGAAUUGCUGCUCCUCGUAGCCGAGCUCAACGAGGAGUGCGUAUCGGUGAAGGCAGGCUCGUCCGUAGCAGACACGCCAGCACGGCCGUGGCCUGAGGAUGCUGGGCUCAGUCUGAAAAGGGUGGUUGAGGCGCCUCACGAGCCAGCCGUCUACGACGGUGCCAUGACUGACGAAACCUUCUUCAGUAGUGCGGAGGUGCUACCUGGAACGGCUGCUACACCGCAGCCUGUGCGGUGGGAGGGCACGAUGGAUACUGCGGCAACUGGCAUGCUCAAAGUGCAAGGGCAAGAGCCGGUGCCCACCACGCAGGCGCGGGCCCUGGCCUUGGCUAUCGAGGGACAGCCGAGUGCGGAUGCAAAUGGCAGGCCUGAUGCAUCCAUGCACGCCUAUGAAGCGGCGAUGGAUGUCACGCUUCACCAUUCGGGCGCGCGAACUCCUACGCAAGCUUUCGCGACUCCUCUACCGGCCCAGCGGUCGAUUCCGCUGUCGGCAGCGCCAGCCAAUCCAUUGUCGAUUUCCAGCCUAGCUGUGUCGCAGGCGGAAGCAACACCGCCUUCGCUAGCCCCUUUGCCGCAACCCGAUGGGGAGCAACAGCAACAUGCAGACCAGUCGCCGCCCCCUCCAGCAAGUCAUGCCCCUCCUCCACCGCCACCGCCACUGCCCGCAACGGCGCACGAACACCCCUUUCAGCGGUCUGCGCUGCAAGCCCCUCGCUACCCUGACCUGCCCACCAUCUUCUUCGGUGGUGGAGACGGCGCUUCUGUAGGGGCGCAGCCGCCACAAAAUUCUGUCUCCAACGCUGCUGGCGAGCAGCGCUCGCACGACGGAAGACCACCGCCGCCACCGAGAGAUCUGCUGCCGCCGGCCGCGCAGUGUUCGCCUCAGCGAAGUGCCCUGUCGCAUCGCUUUCCAGCACCGAGGGUCGAGUGUGCCUUGCUUGCCGAGGACUCACCGCAGAAUUCCGACCCCGUGGAGAGGCAGCACAGAGGCGGACUGGUGGACGGUACAGUGCAUGACUCUGCGAGAGGGGUGCCGCCGUGGGUUUGUCGAAGUAUACAGGAGACACCAGUGACCGACAACAUGUUGGAGGCCAGGUAUAACACCCCCGACAUUUCAGCUACGCACCAUUCUGCGCAACUGCGUGCAGAGGAAGCACCGGCUGCUGCUGUGGUCACCACCUCCGGCGCUGCUCUUUCGAAUCCUUUCUUGGCCGGCGCUGGAAGUCCCGAGGAUAACUCAAUCGCGAUGGCGGGUGGCGACUGCACGCUUCUCGGAAGCGGCGGAGACCGGGCGAUGGGAGUCGAAGGAGCCAGGGACCGCGGUGCAGCUCGCUGGACCACGAGGGAGUCGUCUUUAGCGACAAACGCACCACCGCAGCCACAAACUGCCGCGGCGCCGAACAACAGCGCAGGGAGCACAAGCGAGGCAUCCCGUCGUGGUGUACCUGAGACCGAGUCUCUCGAGGCGAACAACCCAAGCAGUACUCCUACAACGGCCUACAACCCGUUUGCGGACCUCAACGCCAGCGGCGAUGAAGCAGAUGACGAUAUCGGUGACCUGCGCUAA